CCAUUCGAUUUUAGAAUUUUCUAAAUAGGUACUGUGAUAGGUACCGAAUUAUUAAUAAUUGUCAAAAUAAUGUAAAUACAAGACAUAGAUUUACAACAAAGCACAGAUAAUAUAAUAUAUUUCCUUAAGUUCUUUAAAUUUCAUAAUGCAAGGUAGUACAGCACAGGAUAUAGCUAAUUUGGAUCUUUCAACAAUUGCAGCUCUUCAACAAAAAAGAACAUUGGCAUUUGUUAACCACUUCGUUCUAACUACUGUUCAAUUCUUAAAUAAUUUUGCAAAGAAAUGUGAACAAAAGUUAAUGAGUUUCGAAAGGAAACUGGAGAAGGUGGAAGCUGCUAUGGUAUUACUGGAAACAAGAUUAUCAUCAAUUCCAGAGAUAAAUAGAAUUACAGAUGCUAAAAAGACUGAUGAAAACAAAGAACAGGAAUAUGAAACAGCAAAUGAAUUAGAAACAAACAAUGAAGAAAUAAAGGAAAUAAAUGAAACCACACAAAUAACUUUGCAACCAGAGUAUGAUAGAUUUGUUAAGAUGGUGCAAGUUGGAGUGCCUUUACAAGCAGUCAAGUUGAAGGUUGCCAUUGAAGGACUAGAUCCAGAUGUUUUGGAACAAAUUAUAAACAAAUGAACUAUAUAACUUUA